GAAGUGAGUACAUGUCCAAAUGUUCAAUUUCCAUUUCCUUCCCCCUCGUUAUAUUCCCGGUUCUCUCUCGUAAAUACACAACCUGUUAUCCAUUCAAUUUUGCAGACUUGCACAGAACCACAUACGUCGGAGUUAAAGAGCAUGAAUACUAUAGCUAACACUGGCUUUGCUGCCGGAAUCUCCGCUACAUCUUCGAUUCAAUGGCCAAUAAGACGCCGUUGCUUUGGAUUUUCCGGUGGAGGAUCCGCUUUCGUUCGAGCUCCGUCGAAUCACACUCCUUCUAGAAGAAUAGUCUGCAUGGCGGAACCUUAUCUAAUUACAAAACUUGAUUCAGCUGAGAAAACGUGGAAAGAAUUGUCGGUUAAGCUUGCUGAUCCGGAUGUUGUCUCAAAUCCAAGUGAAUAUCAGAAGUUGGCACAGUCAAUGGCAGAGCUAGACGAAGUCGUGUUGACAUACAGGAAAUUCAAGGAUUGUGAGAAGCAACUGGAAGAAGCAAAAGCUUUAGCUAAAGACGCUGGAGCCGACGAGGACAUGGCGGAGAUGGUAGCUUCUGAAAUUCAUUCCUUGACAGAGCAAAUCAAAGACCUAGAGGAGAAGUUUAAGCUAAUGCUCCUUCCAAGUGACCCUCUUGAUUCUAGGAAUAUAAUGCUUGAAGUCAGGGCAGGUGCUGGUGGGGAUGAGGCUGGAAUUUGGGCUGGUGAUCUUGUGCGUAUGUAUGAGAAGUACAGCGAACGGAACUCUUGGAAGUUUGCUCCGAUCUCAUGCUCCGAGGCUGAAAAAGGAGGAUUUAAAACAUAUGUGAUGGAGAUCAAAGGCAAGCGUGUCUAUAGUAAAUUGAAAUAUGAAUCUGGUGUUCAUCGAGUUCAACGUGUACCGCAAACAGAAACUCAAGGCCGUGUUCACACUUCCACUGCAACAGUUGCUAUCAUGCCAGAGGCUGAUGAAGUUGAUGUGGAAAUCGAUCCAAAGGAUGUAGAACUAACAACAGCACGUUCUGGUGGUGCUGGAGGGCAGAAUGUUAACAAGGUGGAGACUGCAGUUGAUCUUUACCAUAAACCAACGGGAAUUAGAAUAUUUUGUACUGAAGAAAGGAGUCAGCUUAAAAACAAGAAUCGUGCUUUCCAACUACUGAGAGCCAAAUUGUAUGAGAUUAAGUUAAGGGAGCAGCAGGAAUCGAUAAGAAACCAGAGAAAAUUACAGGUAGGUACUGGUGCUCGGUCAGAAAAAAUUCGGACAUACAACUACAAGGACAAUAGGGUCACUGAUCAUCGGCUAAAAAUGAACUUUGAGCUUACGUCGUUUCUUGAGGGUGACAUUGAGACAGCUGUUCAGUCUUGUUCUACUAUGGAACAACAGGAGUUACUGCAAGAACUUGCGGAAUCUGUCAGUGCGCCUGCUUGACAAUUUGUAACCUUUGUAUUCGCAAGAAGCUCUAUUUCUUCCUUCGUAGAACACUUAUCGCAGAUCAGCAUUGUUUGAAUGUACCAUACGGAUAUCAUUCUUGUUAGAAUUGUUGUCAAUCUAGGAUUAGUAGAAACGGAAUGAGGAAAUCUAGUGCUAACUAGGAGCUCUGUCAGAUCGCCAUUUUAGGAACUUAGCUUCUAAAUGUUACAGAACACUUCAACAAUGAGUUCAUUAUUGAAAAUUAAUACUUGUGCAUAUUUCCCUCA